UCCCUCACCCCACUUUAAAUACGAUCAUCUUUCCAUCUCCAUUUCUCUCAAACCCACCUAAAAUUCUUUCUCAAAUUAACAAUCAUUUCAUCUUCCCCAAUAGAAAGUGAAAGGGGUCUAUUUUUUAUUCCGAUUGAUCAAGAUUUGCAAUGGCUACUAGCACCUAUGCGUUGUUGGUGAUCAGCAUCAUGAUGCCUAUCUUCUUGUCUUCCUUCGUCUCGGCAGACCCUGACUUGCUUCAAGAUGUCUGUGUUGCAGAUCUUGCCUCAGAUAUAAAACUAAAUGGAUUCCCAUGCAAAAGCAACAUAACAGCCGACGAUUUCUUCUUUCCGGGGUUAGCUAAGGCGGCGCUUACCAACAACACAUUCGGCGCAACUGUUACACCAGCCUUCGUCACACAGCUCCCCGGGCUAAACACCUUUGGCGUGUCCAUGGCUCGUAUUGACUACGCACCAGGUGGCCUGAACCCACCGCACACCCACCCAAGAGCCGCCGAGAUAGUGUUUGUGUUGACCGGAGAACUGGAUGUGGGAUUCAUAACUACAGCGAACAAACUAUUCACCAAGACAAUCAAGAUGGGUGAAGUGUUUACGUUCCCUAGAGGCUUAAUUCACUUCCAGAUAAACAACGGUAAAGUUCCUGCAGCUGUAAUUGCUGCCUUCAACAGCCAGCUGCCGGGCACCCAAAGGGCGGCAGACGCUUUGUUUGGGUCAUCUCCGGCGGUGGAAGAUGUUGUGUUGACUAAGGCAUUCCAGAUUGGAACGAAAGAGGUGGAGAAAAUAAAGGCCAAAUUUGCACCAAAGAACUAAAGACCUUAACACCCACGUGUUGGAUUUAUAAGGUUUUGAUUGGUUUUGUUCUAUCUUCAAUAAAGGGUUGUGGAACAGACAUGUGUUCCAGGGCUUUCAGAUAUAUGAUUUUAUCAAUAAGCACACUCAUUUUUUUUCGUUCUUUUUUGUAUCUAAACGUCAUGUUCAAUCAUUCAUAGCCAAUUUUUGAAA